GAUAAAAAAUAUGCUGUACUUUGUAGUUCUUUUGCUUGUAGUACUUAUGAGCUUUGGAGUUAGCAGACGAUCAAUUUUGUACCCUGACUCUGAUCCUGAAUGGAUUUUAAUCCGAGAAAUAUUCUUACAACCAUAUUUUAUGUUAUACGGAGAGGUGUAUGCUGAUCAAAUUUAUCCAGGGUGUGAUGAAUCAGCUGGCAUGCCAAACUGCCAAACUGGUAGAUGGGUUACACCAUUAGUAAUGGCUAUGUACUUAUUAGUUGCCAAUAUUUUACUUAUUAAUCUCUUGAUCGCAGUUUUCAAUAACAUUUUCAAUGAUAUAAAUGCUAUAUCUCAUCAGGUAAUUAUUAAAUAAUAAGUACUGUAAAAAUUGGUUUCAACAAAUUCUAAGGGGCUGAGUUUUCUCAUUGCAGUAGCGGAUCCAGAUGUUACCCAAUGGGGAGAUUAAAUUGUCUUUUUGGCUAAAGUAAAAUAUUAUAAUAAAAAAGACAGCCCAAGGGGGGGGGGGGUGGUUCGAACACCCCUUCGCCACCCCUCGUAUCUGCCACUGUCUCUUUGUAACUCAUAGCUCGUUUUAUGUAGUUAGAACGAUUACUCGUUGUAAAUAGGAAGCGAGAAAUUACAAAAAAAAAAAAUAAAAAAUUGACAUUACUGAAAAACCUUAAUUAAACUAACAACACAAUAUCUUUAGAAGUUUUCACUUUUACUGACUAUACCCUAAUCACUAUCGGUAUUUGCUCUUUGCAGCAGAUAUCUUGUUCUAAUCUCAUCCUAACCAUAGACUUAUAAUUUCACUAAAGCGCGGUCUAUAUAUUAUAAGUCUAUGAUCCUAACUGAUGCUUGUUUAGUGAUUUCUACUGCAUUUACAAAAAUACUAUAAUAUACUAUGGGUGAUCUACCUGAGGCUGGUGACUUAACCUGUAUCUUGUAAGAUGGUACUACUUAUGUUUGGGUUUUUAUGUAUGAAUGAAAUUAUAUGUGAAUGCUC